CGUCGUCUGCUACAGCUUUUAACUCAACCUGGAAAUGACGUCAUGAGUUGUGUUCAUUUUCUUUGUCAUCGCCGCGAAUGCAUGGAUUGAGAACCUUUUGUGUGAUAUUUUGUCUGCAAAUGUCCUAUUGUCCACCAAAUAUGGAUAGAGAUAAUAAUGAACCGCCAGUGAAGAAAUGCCAAAAGAAGAGGCCGCCAUGUGGCAAAUGUUGCUCGGUGUGGGGAUGCAACAAUAGCCGCAGAAAAGACAGACUUGGCGUUUUUAGUUUUCCGAAACCAGAACAUGAACCGGAAAGGCAUGCCGAAUGGGUACGAGUGGUUAGACAAACACGUGCUGACUUUAGAUAUCACCCAUCAUCGUCUUUCAUAUGUGCUGACCAUUUUCCUGAGGAAAGUAUAAGCAAUUUGACGAAAAUUAGGUUACUCUCAGCCAGGAACCCACAUGACAAUACACCGUGGAAGUUGGUUCCUGGCGCUGUGCCAAUCAUUUCGAAGCUUCCUCCUCGACCAAGACUAGGGUCCACUAUUAGUCCAGCAAAACCAAAGGCACAGUCAACCCCUACAAAGCUUACCCGGAGACGCCUAGCUGCUGUUAAGAGGGAACGGAGACGGCAUAUGGAUGCUGCCCUGCAUGCGGAGGCAGAAAAGAUGGUACCACCAGCACCAGCGGAGCCUGAUGAAUUGGGUGAACCUUCAAAUGGUCCCGAUCAUCCAGAUUAUAUUUUCUUGAAGGUUGAAGAUAAUUUGGAAGGAAACUUGGAGAGCAACCACAAAGAACCUGUAUCAGAAAGCACAAUGUCAAAUAAAAAGCUUAUAGAGACCGUAGAUGGACUCGUUAUUAAGGAGGAGAGUGAUAAUAUUUUUGUAGCCGACAAUGACAUGAUGGAGAAAGUGAAGGAGGAAAGAGAGGAUGAAAUGAUUGUGUGGAAAAUAGAGGAUGAUGUGACCUUUAAAGAAGAAAGCUUAGAUAUGGAUAUGGAAGAUGAUUCUCACCCAUAUGAAGAUUGUGAAGAAGAUCCAUUAUUAACACUUAAAUGUAAGAGUUGUGAGGAAGUGUGUGCUACAAGAAGUGAUUUGGAGACUCACACAAAAGACAAGCACGGUUCAGGAGAGCAUCCGAGGGGCCAGAAACGGAAAAAACUUGUAAAGAGCAAACAUGAUAAACUAUAUGAUCAUGGAAAGUCCUCUUGUGAUAAGAUAGCCUCCAGGCACUCCAGCUGCUACUCUUCUUCUGAUUCUGCUGCUGAAGACAACCUUGUAGUUCCAUCCACAUCAGCUGUGCCUACUGCCCUGUCCCAUAGAUUUGAUGACUUCGACCCCUCCUCUGAUGAGUGGGAGGAAGUUGAGUAUUUUCCAAAGAGGAGGAGUCGUAUCAUAAGCAGUAGCAGUGAUGAUGGCUCUGACUCUGAGUUGGAGGCAAGGAUGCAGGAAAGGCAUGCCUCUGAACAGCCCAUGUUUGUGUGGCAAAGGAAGACGAACGUCCCGAAGCGGUUCAGGUUCUGUGCCCGUCCCGUGGUCAACGUCAGAGACCUGCACCAAGGGUCCACACCCUUUGAAAUAUAUUCGCACUUCAUCACACCCGAGCUCAUGGACUGUCUUGUCCAAGAGACUAACCGGUACUACCACCAGCAACCAGCACCCCCUUCUUCAGACAAGACGGAAUGGCAUAACACUUCACGGGAAGAGCUGCAUGCCUAUUUUGGGCUCUGGCUGUUGAUGGAUUAUCAUCCAAGCUCGGACAUUGAAACGUACUGGCAGGACCCAAUCUUCUACCAGCCUAUGUUCCCGAAGACUAUGUCAUUAGAUCGUUUCAUUCAGCUGACGCAGAAUCUUCAUGUGGUGGAUAACAGUGCAACACAUCCUGGUGACGACUGCUUGUGGAAGUUUCGUCCACUGCUCAAUAUGCUUAAUCAGCAGUUCUCAUCAGUGUAUACUCCUCCCCAGAAGAUAACAGUUGACAGUCAAUGGAGAUUGAAAGACCAAUUUGGUUUGAAGAUGUACAAGCUGUGUGUCAGUGAUGGCAUGACUUCAGGUUACACUAUUGCAUUGAGUAUCUAUUCAGGUGACAACAAGAGAAAACUCCCUUCACGUAUGAGAGCCAUUGUUGAGCUAAUGGCUGCUGCAGAUCUCUUUGGGAAAGGGUAUGAGCUUUAUACCAACAGCAAGUAUACCUCACCCAGUCUCUUCCAAUACUUACAGAGUCAGCAUACAAAUGCGAUUGGCACUGUGUACACCAUCCGUAAGUAUAUGCCUAUUGAUCUGCAGACGACAGCCUAUGGUGAUGUGGACUUACGUAGCACCCCAACAGGCAUUUUGUGCUUGCAAUGGCAUAAUAAGGGGGAGCCCAUUACCAUGCUGUCCACAGUCCAUUCUGGAAUAGUCACUAAUACACCCCAGAGUAAGAAAAAACAUAUAAAGCCCAAGGUAGUCUCUGACUACACUGCCGCGACAAAGGGAGAAGAUAUGAGAAACCAGUUUCUUUUGUCUUACCAGACUGCCCGAAAAUCCAUCAAAUGGUAUAAGAAGGUGAUAUUGUAUCUUUUUGACAUAGCUGUUGUCAACUCCUUCUGUGUGCAUCAAGCCCUGGGGGGGAAGUUAAGCCAGUUUGAUUUCCAAGUGCGGCUCAUCCGUGAUCUUCUCAAAGAGUCUACUGCCAUAAGGAGGGGAUCGUCCCAAAGAAAUAAUCAUCUAACCACAGUUCCAUUGAUGCGUCGUCUUUAGGGAACAAUAUUACAUCAUCAGUAAGGGGUUCCUGGUAGGAAAUAUUGCCGCUGUAAAAUAUGCAGGCAAAAUGGGUAGAGGAAAGUGACCAGGACCAUGUGCAGAGCCUGCAAAAUACCCCUUUGCAAGUAUGGCUGCUUUGAGCAGUGGCACUCACAGACAUAAGCAGAAGUUGCCCUCUUCUUCAUCAUCAUUGUUAUCAGUGAUUUUGGUGGUGGAAAUUUUGUGGCUUAUUCUUUUGCAUCUUUUUAAGUGAAAACAUAGAAUUUAAAAAAUGUAUUUUUUUUCUCCCAUAAUUCUAUAAUUCAUAACAAAAUGGAAAGAGUGAAGUGUUUUGAGUAUGCUGAGGGAUCCUUUUGAUGAAUGUCAGAACUAUAUACUGUGUCAAUGCAGGUGUAGAAAAUUCACUCUACACAUAAUAUGUAUAUUGUAAGUUGAGAGAGAAGAAGUGGAGAUUUCCUCUAGUUUUGGUGUCCAUAUUAAAUGACACAGCACUACCAGGUUGAUACAAUGGAAGGGAAAUCCAUUAAACACAAAACAGAUUUAUUAAAAGAUGAUACCUAUUUCAUGUUUAGGGAUUUUUACCAUGGAACCCUUUAUGUGUUCCAAGCAAAAUACCAUAGCAUACCCAACUGUUGGCAAGUUGUAAUAUCAUAAAA